GGAAGAGAAGAGAGAGACGAACACGAAGGGACCUCUCAAACCUUCACUCUUGAAUGUUUUCAAUCAAGAGCUAUUCCUACAAACUACAUUCGUGGAGAGACGUUUAGCCUCUAAUCAGUGCCGAUUUCGUUUUGUUUGGUUGGGAACCGGUGAUCCGAUAAAUGACGAUUUCAUAACAAGGGGUUUUGAGCUGUGACAGAAGGAGGUUAAGAAUGGGGUCUGAGGAUGCAGCCAAGGUCAUAGGAGUUGUAGUAUGCAUUGUAGUCUUGCUGAUAGUUAUUCUUAUACCAUCAUCAUUCCAUGGUGUGGAGUAUUAUCAGUAUGGUUUCAGUCGAAGGAAAUCCACAGGGAAUGUUGAUACUGACACUGUUUACUCAGGCGGUCAUUACCUGAUUGGGAUUGAUCAUGAAUUUAAGAUUUUUCAAGCUGAUGCCCAUCUAGUUGAGUUAACUCAAAUUGCUGUUUUUACCAGUGAUAGAUUGGAGGUGACCCUGGACUGUACUUUCCAGUACUUCCUGCGUAGAAGGGAUCUUAAGCUUCUUCAUGAUACCUAUGAUGUCUACUACAAGGAUAUCUUACGUAAUAACGCCAUUGAUGAGUUGAAGGGCGCCACCAAGGACUUCUCCACGCGUGACUUUGGUGAGAUUCGUGCGGAUAUAGAGAAAGUGUUGUUCAAUGCAAUCAAGAGUCGAUUGGAGGGAGACUGCUGCAAGUUCCAAUGUGAAAACUCUCCAGAAGGUUGCGUGAGAAACUGCAAACGCUAUUCAGAGUGCACCAUUGAAGACAAGGGAUUCUUUGCUGAUGUGCGCUUCUUCCAGCUCGGCUAUGUCAAUAUUCCUGAUGAUGUAUUGAGCCGUAACUUACAAACUCUCACACAGCUUGAAGAUGGGAUAAGAGAGGGAUACAUACAACAGGCUCAGCUUGCUAGGAAGGCCACAGAAGAGAAGGUCAAGGAAAUUGAAAAUUCUGCUGAGGAGAAAACCCAAAAUGCAACAGCUCAAGCCGCCCUGCUGACGUCGCGAGCCUCUGCCCAAGCUCAAGCCCUUGUUGAGGAUGCUCAUAGUAGAGGUCUAGCCCAGAUCUAUGGUGACCUCGGCAUCACAAGCCAGGAUCAGAAAGCCUCAUUGAACUACAUUAGAGUAUUGAGAGAUCAUGGUAAUGUCUUCAUGUCAGUUAACUUCAAUUCAUUAGUUACAGGACCUGUCUAUGGACACACUAACACUUAAAUAGCUCUGAUGAUGUGAUGUGUGUGUGUUAGGAGAUGUGAAGGGUAACCUUUGCUCUAUUUCACUCCAUCAUAAUGUGUGUGGUCACAAAUGGAGAUCAGAGACCACUCAUCUUAAGCAUUUCAAAGUGUGUUGUGAAAUAGAGCCAUGAAGGCUUAUUUACUGCAAUAUUUUUCUACUCUUUUCCCAUUUAUUUCGUAGUAUAGAAUUUGCACUAGCAUCUAUUUAAAACUUGCUACUACUGCGAUCUUUUAUUGAAAUCUUUAUUCAUUUAACCAAUGGGAAUUACAAGCUCAUGGAUUACAGCAUUUUGACUUAUCAUCUACAGACAAAUGAGCGGACGAAAAGAUUUAAGAAUGGAUACCAUUCAAAGACGAUUUAAAACAUGACAAGUUUAGAGGGCCAUGAAUGCUUUAACAGUCGUUUAAAACUGCUUUCUAAUGCUCGGUUCAUACUUCCUGCGAAUGCGAAGCGAAUUUUGACAUCACAUGGCUGUUUUUGCAGUGAAUUUUUUGCAGGAGUUGAGCACAAGAAAAUUGGUGCAUAUUAUUUGAUGCAAAGUAUUCAUUGCAAGUUUGUGACAUCCAAAUACUGUCCAUAAUCAAUUGUAUGGAAUGGUGACCUUUGAGUCCAGUACUGGCUGUAUAAUGACAUUCUGCCCCUCACCUGGGGCUUGUACUGACGACUGUGACCAGAAACAUGUUUUAGGCUCAUUCAAUAGGUUAAGCAUUUUCUUGGUUGUAUCGCAGUGACUUAGCUGUUCCAACGAUGUUGUGGCUCGGAUGGUUUAGAUUGUUACGGUACCCGCUGCUAAAAUAUAGUAUUCAAACUGCCUCUAGCCACCGGGCAAUCUCGGUGGUCUAAGUUGGUAAGA